CGAGAGAGAGAAAGAGAGACAGAGAAAGAGAGAGAGAUAGAAAGAGAAAGAAAGACAGGAGUUGACCCGGGUUAUUAAAGAAACAGAGAGAAGAGAGAAAAGCAAGACUCAAAGACAGAGAGAAGCUGAGCGAGAGUGAGACUUACAGGGAGUUGGGGCAUAGGCCUCCCCCCCACUCCUCACACACACAGAACCUGGCCCAGGUCUGGCCUGGGUUUGACCUAGGUUUGACCCGUGCCAGGGCGGACUCAGGACCCCUCAGUGAUGAACAACCGUUCCAUAGCCUGGUGGCUGCGGCAGAUCGGCCUCCCUCAGUACACCAAGACCCUGGAGGGACAGUACUAUGGACUGGAGGGCCUGCUGUAUGUGACAGAGGGGGAUCUGAAGGAGGCAGGAGUGGAGGAUCCUGAACACAGAGAAACCAUCAUGACCCAACUGAAACGACAUCAGCAGAUGCUGAACCCCACCACAGGGAACAGUACAGUGACCUCACGCAGGGUGACCCGGAAGUACUCGCUGGGCUCCUCCCUGGACAUGAUGAAGCCGAGCCGGAGGCUGUCAGGGCAGACGGCGGAUCUGUUCCGGCAGAGCAUACUGCCCCGGUUGAAGCGCAGGGACCGGGUCACCCUCUCCUCUUCCUGCUCCCAGCUCAGCCCCCUGCAGGAGGUGCUGGUGCCCCCCUCCCCUGGCCCGGAACUCCUCCACCCUUCCCAGCCAGCUGCCUCCACCAACAAAGAACAACACAGCAAACGGAAGAGUGUUGGCGUGUAUUUAAGUCAGCUUAAGGGGUGGGAUGUUCUGACUCAAGUCUGUAGUGUAGGCAGACGUGUAUGCGGUGUACUGACUGCAGUGUGUACUAUAGGCAGGUGUGUGUAUGGGGUGUACUGCCUGCAGUGUGUAGGGGCGGAGCAGUUGUUGGAGAGAGACGGGGACUUCCUGAUCAGAGACUCUCUCUCCAGCCCUGGGGACUACGUGCUGAGCUGCCAGUGGAGGAACGAGCCCAUGCACUUCAAGAUCAUCCGUGUGGUACUGAGGCCCAAGAAGGGAUACUCGCGGGAGCUGUUCCAGUUUGAACAGGACCAGUUCGACAACAUCCCGGCGCUCGUCCGCUUCCACGUGGGGGGGCGUCGGCCCAUCUCCGAGGCGUCGGGGGCCAUCGUCUUCCACCCCGUGAACCGCACCGUGCCCCUGCGUGUGAUCAGGGAGCGGCAGGCAGCCCGCGCCCACAGCAGCAGCGACCUCCGCUGGCCGGGGGCGGAACAGCAGCCAUGCUCCGAGCGCAGCAAGAGACUGAGCUUCCACUCUGGCCAGAUGGACUCCUCACAGGUCAACAGCAACCUGCUCAGGAACAAGGAGAAGAGCGGGAGUCACCCUGGUAACCUGGAAAACCUGGGCCGGAGACCCUCCCUGCAGACUGCACAGUCUGAUAGCAACCUGCGCUCAGGCACCCCACCAUCCAACCAGACAGAGGACCCCAGCCCCGCCCCCAUGUCCCCGUUUUUUCGGACAGGAAGCGAGCCCAUGCUGAGCCCCCGCACCCCCCGCCACACCCACCCCUCCAACCCAGCAGGGGGCGACACCCUUCGCGGCUCCGACGGGCAGCUGCACUCCCGCGCCCCGCCCAAGCCCCUGCGGGUGUCGGCCGUGUUCCCGGCCCGCCCCCCCGGGGAGGACCCCGCCUCCUUCUACGACGAGCUGGUGCCGCGCGUGCCCCCGGCCCGCCUGCGCGGGCACGUGGACCGCCUGCGCGCCGAGGAGAAGUGGCAGAGCCGCGCCCGCCUCACCGAGAGCAGCUUCAGCUUCCUGGAGAUGGGCGGGGCUCCCCAGCUGCUGGGGGUGGGGGAGGAGGUGGAGCCCCAGGACCAGGGGGCGGAGCCACACUUUGUCAGGCCGCAGGUGGAGACGUCCUCCAGCUUCGACCUGGACCAGUUCAGCUCCCUCCUGUUGCCCGACAACAACCGGCCCCUGGAGCCCGCGGUGCUGCUGGCCCUGAAGGAGCUCUUCACCCGCAGCGACCCCAAGACCAUCGCCCUGCACAUGCUCAGUGUCGACUGCCAGGUGGCCCGGAUCACUGGUGUGACGGAGGAGCAGAAGAGGCUCAUGGGAGUGAGCUCCGGGUUGGAGCUGAUCACCCUACCACACGGCCAACAGCUGAGACAGGACCUGCUGGAGAGGCACCACCUGAUCGCCCUGGGUGUGGCGGUGGACAUCCUGGGCUGCACGGGCACGGUGGGGCAGCGGGCGAACGUCCUGCACAGGUUCAUCCAGCUGGCCAAGGAGCUGCGCCACACUGCCCACGACCUCUACGCCUUCUCUGCUGUGAUGAAGGCUCUGGAGCUCCCACAGGUGGCCAGGCUGGAGAUGACGUGGCAAGCUCUGAGGAGAAACCACACAGACAGCGCUGUGGCCUUUGAGAAGGUGCUCAAGCCCUUCCUGCAAGCUCUCAACGAGGGAAACACUGAGGCGGUCCAAGGCCCUCUCUCCAUGCCCCACGUGCUGCCCCUCUUGCGGGUGAUGGAGGGCGAGGAUUUGGGGGAGCACACAGAGCGGGGGUGCCAGUUGUUGCUUAACACCCUGCAGUCCGCCCGCCAAGCCGCCCUCAACGCACCCCAGUACCAGGCCCACGCCCACACCUUGCUCACAGGCUGGGAACCAAUCCCCGAGCUGCUGGAGGCGUUCCGCACCGAGUUCGCCCUGCGACUGUUCUGGGGUCAGUCGGGAGCAGCGGCCGAGAAGCAGGAACGCUGGGAGAAGUUCGACAAGGUGCUGAGGGUGCUGUCGGAGAAACUGGAACCCGGAGACGCCCCCCGGACUCUGACCCCAGACCCCUGAUGCCUGAUCCCUGACUCCCGGCCCACAGAUACUGGAGCUCUGUACAAGCUUGGGGGGGGGGGGGGGGGUUGGACCCUACCCUGAGCUUUCCACACCACCUCCAUGCCCUCUCCAUGGCCAAAACCCAGGAAACCUGCCGUUUCACCUGGGAACCAUGGAAACUGGUCUGUCCUCCUCCUCCUCCUUCCUGUAAUCACCGUCAACAGUAGAAAAGAGGAUUCAGGGAGACGAGACAAACGGACCGUUGGUGCUCACACAUGGGAGAGACGUUGCAUGUGAUACUGUGUCCAUGUUGUAAUUAAGCUGUUUUAAUUUUUCUCCCAUACAGCCACGCCUUUGAAUCUGACACUCAGGGCCACACCCCCUAGCACAUGGCCAUACCCUCAAACAGAGGGCAACUCUGAGGCCACGCCCCCAAUGAUGUGCCACACCCUUAAACAUGGGGCCACGUCCUCAGGGACAUUAUAAUUACAAUGUCUGUAUUUUCACUGGAGAAAAAAACAGCUGUGCCACAGCCAGGAUUCAGACUUACCACCUGCUGCAUACAAGAGACUCACAAGUUGUCGAGUCUCCUGGUACUUUUUUGCCACCAAGAAAUGAUCCAGGAUCAGCUCAUGCAAUCUUUUUUUUUUCCCUCUCUAACCCAAAUUUGGAAUGUCCAGCUCACAAACCAUGUACAAAUGUGCUCACAUACGCCCCCUGCUGCCGGCUCGGGAGUGCAAACACAACUCACGGUUCUCCUCCGAAACACGCGCCUGCCAGCCAGCCGCUUCUUUUCACACCGCAACCAUGAAAGAGCACAUGCCCGGACGGCCACCAGCCAACGAUGCGCCUGCCCUGCUGGGCUGCUGGCCACAGUCGGCACUGGCACGGCCUGGAUUCGUUCCGAAACAGCAGUGCUCACUCCAGACGCCACAGGCGGCGCUUUUACUGAGCACGUGCGAUCUUAAGCCCUGAUCACUGAAGCUACCAAGAAAGAGAACAAACUCCUUCCAGGUCUGGGGCGAUGUCACUCAUUAUUCCUGUCUUCUGAUUCGCUGAGCUGGUGACACGUCAGACAAAGGAGCCAGUCUCAGAAGAGUCGGGACAAUAACUCUCCCAAGGGUCCACCAAUCACAGCGGCCUGUUCGCCAAUUUCCAUGAUUCCCUCCUGCUUCCAGUUCUGAAAAUAAGAUGGCACUGGGCCUUGGGUGUGAUUGCUACAGUAUAAAUGUACAGCCCAAUCGUGAAAUGAACACCCCAGACUAAUUCUAUCAACUCUGUUUGAUCACAGAUCAGAAGUAUCUUCCUUUUU